AUGCAACAAUGUGUUGACUUUGUACCCACUUUUUUGUUGCAGCAAUGGUAUGUUCUAUAUCCGCUUGAAGGUCCAUGGUAUGAGCUAUUGGUCAUUCCUCUUCGUUUUGAGCUUCUGUGUUCCAUCAUGAUACCCAUAUCUAUUAAGGUCUCUCUUGAUCUUGUGAAAAGUUUAUAUGCAAAGUUUAUUGAUUGGGAUUCUGAGAUGAUAGAUUAUGAGACUGGUAUUCCUUCACAUGCAACGAACACAGCAAUAAGUGAGGACCUUGGACAAGUUGAGUACAUAAUGACUGACAAAAUUGGAACACUAACUGAAAAUAGAAUGAUCUUUAGAAGAUGCUGCAUUAAUGGCGUUUUCUAUGGAAAUGAGAGUGGUGAUGCGCUGAAAGGCUUUGUGAAAUUAGGAGAAUUGGGAAUGGCUGAAGGACUAUACAACGAGAUGAUUCAAUCGGUAAGCUUUGUUGCUUGUAAGAAUGAGGGCAUUGCUUGUGUCAAUUUUCGCAUCUCCAAUUGUAUUAGCAGUGCAACUGCUGAAGUUGCCAAAGAUUUAUAG